AAUACCAAUAAUUGCCAAUUACAUUUUUGCAACGUUCCAGAUUGGCUGGUGGACCUGGUGGUUGCUCGGAUAACUUAGAGAUUUGGGCGCAGAUGAAGGUCGUCGUCGCCGUCAAGCGCGUUGUGGACUAUGCUGUCAAGGUCCGUGUGAAGCCCGACAAGAGCGGGGUGGAGACGAGUAACGUGAAGAUGUCGAUGAACCCCUUCUGCGAGAUUGCCCUUGAAGAGGCCCUCCGCAUACGCGAGAACGGCGGCGCAUCUGAGGUCGUCGCCGUUUCCAUCGGUCCCACUCAGUUAUAUGUUUGUCUCAGUACUGAUUUGAGAUUGAAUCAGCCAAGAUAUGCAACACUUCCUAACAUAAUGAAAGCUAAGUCCAAGGUUAUCAAGAAACUCACAGUUGAAGAGCUGAAUGUAGAGCUGAAGUCAGAUUGUGAGGUUUGUCAAGUUACAGAGCCACCUGUGAGGAAGGCAGGCACGAUUGUCUCCACAGUUGACGAACUAAUUGAUAAGUUGAAAAAUGAAGCCCAUGUUCUCUAGCCUAUUGUCUACUUUCUAUGAAUUUGUUGGACAUCCCAUCUAACUAACUCUUCUUUUCACACAUUUGAUUAAAAGAAUAACAAAUACAGGACUUGUAUUUCAAUAUCCUCUUCUCUUCGAUUAAUUAUUAUGUGCGGACGUUGAACGUUAUCAAGAGACUAACCAGAAUGUAUCACGUCACCCCUGUGCUCGAUACCGUGGCUUGGUACUGUUCGAUACCGCUCGGUACCGCUGAUGUGGCGCAUUCUGAUUGGUCUCCGGACGGCAUUUUGCGUCCAGUCUCCGUACAGAAUAAUUUAUCCCUCUCAUCUCCCUCAACCGAGCGAUUUUUAACAAAUAGUGAGUUUUCUCA